UCGACGGCGUCUGCAGACAUUCAGCAAUUAAUUGGAAAUUUGGAAGCAUUUAAAACAAUGGCCCCUGCAAUUAAGACAAAGAAGAUGGUUGUAAAAAUAUCACGCCAUCCGUACAUCAAUGCCGGAGUCGAUCAGGACCGUAUUCUGGAGCAAAGAGUGCGCAAAUGCCGUGUGCACGUCGAACGUUUGUCCUGUCGCCCGAGUCCGGUGAAACCAAAGCGUAAACAUUGUAUUGUUCGCAUCGCUCGUCUCCCCAACUUGGAUCGCAGCGAUAUCUCAGCCACCCCGGCCAGCUCUAUAGUCUGUUCCGACUUAGAUUGCGAAGUGUCUUCCACCACUGAUUAAAAUCCACCAUUAGCUUACGGCCUCGCACGCGCUGAAUAGAAGGAGGGGGUUCAUCAUUCACAUCCAUCACCAAUAGCCACAUAUUUUUAAGUUUAUUACCUUUUUUUUAUGUACCAAAUAAGCAAUGUAAGACUUUUCGCAAUGAAAAAACGAAACCGGUAAAUAUAAAUGCUAAAAAUAAAUAUCGAUAGCUCGGCUGGCCAUCACUAAAGGGUCAGCAGUCAGCUGUCAAAAACAGGAAAAAAAUUGUGAAACAGACAAAA